UAGUCAGUUUACCUCGACUGGUGUUCCUGUAUCGACGCAGCUGUCACGGAAACAGAGCUGGCUCAUUCAAACUACUCUUACUUGAGUCGAGGCGAUGCCCUCCAAACUCUUUCUCCCGUCACUAAAUAUUAGACAACUGCGCCAUUAGCCGUUGUUGUGAGCGCUGCUGCACAAUAUGUUAGCCUAGCCUGAACCAGGGAGCACCGACUCUGGACUAAGAGCAGGUUUCACCGCGGAGUUGAAGCAAGUUUUAUCACUUUUAGACGUGCAACUUUUGCUCCAGCUGCGAGAGAUGGACCCGUUUGCAGCUGCUUGCUCGGUUCUGGGAGGCUGUGCCUGCAUUGCAGUGGGGGGGCUGGUGCUGGCUGCAUACAGACUGGGCUUGUUUUAUCAGCUGUUUCACAAGACUGAAACCAAGAGUCCCCGGCACGGUGGUGAGAGUGUUGCUGAGGUUCUCCGUGCACAUGGGGUCAAAUUCCUCUUCACCCUGGUCGGUGGGCACAUCUCCCCCAUCCUUGUGGCUUGUGAGAAGGUGGGCAUCCGCGUCGUGGACACCAGACACGAGGCCACUGCUGUCUUCGCUGCUGAUGCCGUCUCAAGGCUCUCUGGCACAGUCGGUGUAGCCGCAGUGACUGCCGGCCCGGGUCUGACGAACACUGUAACGGCAGUGAAGAAUGCUCAGAUGGCUGAAUCUCCGUUGCUGCUCCUGGGAGGAGCAGCCGGUACACUACUUCAGGGAAGAGGGUCGCUGCAAGACAUUGACCAGAUGUCUCUCUUCAAGCCACUGUGCAAGUUCUGUGCCUCCAUCAGAACAGUCCGGGAGAUCGUUCCCACCCUCAGGAAGGCCCUGGCCAUCGCUCAGUCAGGAACACCUGGUCCUGUUUUCAUCGAGUUCCCCAUCGACACCCUGUACCCUUACCACCUGGUAUCCAAAGAGUUUGCUGUUAAAAACCCUCCCAAAGGCCUGAUGGGAAAGAUUGUCUCAUGGUACCUUAAUAACCACCUCAUGAACCUUUUUGCUGGAGCCUGGGAGACCAGAGAUGUGUCUCCACUUCCUGUUCACUUCCCUCAAGCCACAGAAGAUCAGAUACAAAAGUGCAUAGAGCUGGUGAGUCGAGCCAAGAAACCUGUUAUUCUUCUGGGUAGCCAAGCAACAUUACCCCCAAAGCCAGCGGAGGAUGUCAGGAAGGCUUUGGAGGAUCUGGGUAUCCCCUGCUUUCUCGGGGGCAUGUCUCGUGGCAUGCUUGGUAAAGACAGCCCCAUCCACAUCCGACAGAACCGGCGCGAUGCUCUAAAGGAGGCCGACUUGGUUCUCUUAGCAGGUACCGUGUGUGACUUCCGGCUGAGUUACGGCAGAGUUCUGAACAGACGCAGCACAAUCAUUGCUGUCAACAGAGACAAGACACAGCUGCUGAAAAACUCUGACAUGUUCUGGAAACCAACGGUAGCAGUUCAGGGUGAUCCUGGUUCAUUUCUAGUGCAUCUUUCCAAAGGGCUGAAGGGCCAUCGCUGUCCAGAGGAAUGGCCUCAGAGCCUUAAAGCUGGAGAUGCAACCAAAGAAAAUGCAAACAGGGCUAAAGCAGAAGAGAAAACGGAACACCACUUGAAUCCCUUGAAGGUCCUCCACUGUGUGGACGAGCUAAUGGCUGAGGACAGCAUCAUUGUAGCAGAUGGAGGAGACUUUGUGGGAAGUGCUGCUUACAUAAUGAGACCAAGAGGACCUUUGCGUUGGCUAGAUCCAGGAGCCUUUGGCACUCUGGGAGUUGGAGGAGGUUUUGCUCUCGGGGCAAAACUGUGUCGGCCUGAAUCUGAGGUGUGGAUAGUCUAUGGUGACGGGUCUUUGGGGUACACUGUUGCAGAGUUUGACACGUUCACUAGACACAAGACGCCAGUUAUUGCUGUGGUGGGAAACGACGCGUGCUGGAGUCAGAUUUCCAGAGAGCAGGUUCCCAUCCUGGGCAGCAACGUGGCAUGUGGCCUUUCAUUUACAGAUUAUCAUGUAGUGGCAGAUGGCUACGGUGGUAAUGGCUACAUCGUAAGAAGGGAAGACGAAGACCAGUUAAGCGAUAUAAUCCAGCAGGCUCAGAGGGACGCCAAGGAGGGCAAGGCCACGCUUCUCAAUGUUUUGAUAGGGAAGACCAACUUCAGAGAGGGUUCAAUCUCUGUGUAGAGCAGCUGUGUGCAUGCAGUAAACAUGUACUUUUUAAAAGGGAACAGGUAAACAAGGGGGCACUUCCACUUUGUUUAGAGAUUUUUCUCUUAAACUUUUGACCUUUAAACAGUCUUUUACAAGUUUAGCAAAUAAACCAGAGACUGAAAUCACUUGUGAAAGAGAACAUUGAUUGAAAUGAUCAUAUGUGACCUGUAUGCCUUUGCUCCUGUUCUGACAUGAACACGAAGCCUUUAUACAUGGAUUCAGGAAAUCUUAAGAGCUGUAAUAUUCUGUACUGCUUAUGAUUUAUGAAAAAAAAAUGCUUUACUAGAAGAAUUACUUUGAAUGUUGAUGACUGACUAAUGGUAUGCCUUUUAAAGCCUUGAUUGUAUCUUCAAAUACAGUAGAUUGAAGAUGUAUCUGCUGAUUUGGUUCUGAAUUAAAGUGACAUUUAAAGCUGA